GAUGACUCUUACUUUUCAACCGUUCGACGUGCCAGGCGCCCAGCUAGUGUAUGGGCAUGCUUUUCCCUAUGGACUUGAGGUCCACAGGCCCGAUGGAGUCAGCAGUGAUGUGACGACGGUUGAUGAUGCCGUCACUACCCUUACUGCCUUGGCUGAGUCUGGACGCUUGUCCGAGCUGUUACAGCAACAUGGCGCUGUGCUCGUCCACGGGGUCGGCCACCCAUCCGCGGAGACCUUUGCGCGACUCAUCAACGCAGCCGAGCGAGGCCGUGGCUCCCAUCCUUUCGUGCAGAUUGGACUGGCAGGCAAACGAACCCUGGUGGCCGAGAAUAUUUGGACGGCCAACGAAGGACCGUCUGAUCGCCGAUUCUACCAGCAUAAUGAGUAUUCUCGUUACACGCGCUUCCCCGCCAACAUCCACUUCUAUUGUCAAAAUAAAGCCCCGCAUGGUGGUGAAACCCCAAUCGCGCACAGCGCGUUGGUCUACGAGAGGUUACAGGAAGCAGUGCCUGCCCUCGUGCGCGAUGUCCAUCAACGGGGUCUGGCCAUGAAGAUGAUUUUCCGGGCCCCGGGGCAUGAGGGCCAGGGAAACGAGUUCAACUGGGCUGGCGAGCACAGCUUUGGACAGGAAUUCGAACCAGACGAUGAUCGUGAGACGCAGAAAGCCAAGGUAGAGGUUCAGGUGCGAAAGCUCACGCCUACCUUUCGGUGGCUACCAGAUGAUGCGCUGGAGUUGACCCAGCACAUCCCGGGUAUCCGACGAUCUCCUGCCAGCGGACGACCCGUGUGGUUCAACGGGCUAGUCGGUCGGUAUGGUAUGACGCGUGAUCUGGGAGCUUUGGAGCCACCGUACCUGGGUCGAGAUGGAAUGACAUAUCUGCCGUGUGACUACGGCGACGGAACCGUCAUUCCUUCGGAGUAUUUGCAGCAGUUGGAGGAGGUAGUGGAUGGCCUGGAGAUCAAUCUGUGUCUGGAAGAAGGGGAUCUGCUGCUGGUGGAUAAUCAUCAGGUGUCACACGGGCGCAAACCAUGGGUGGGGGAUCGUAGAAUCCUGGUGAGCAUGUGGGACGGAGGACAGGCACCGAUUGAUGUCGUCUGA